UAAACCACGCACUGGUCGUGGCGUAUGAAGGCGACACCAGGUAUUUUAGGACUAUGUCAACGACAAUCGAGACGACCAUUUCUUUGAGCAGUUGUACAUAAAUAACAUGGCCGUUUGUUCCAGUCAAUAGAUAAUAAAAACCCUACAUUUUUCCAUCAAGUCGGCAUUUAAGCGCGAUCCGCAAGCGCGGAUCCCCGAGCAACGCUGGGCUUGUCUUUUUAAAUAUGGACCGUAUUUUACUUCGUGCGCUUCGGGCAAAACUUGGCACUAAAUCUGAAUAUGACUGGAGUAACCGGGCAUCGCUUUUCGUGCUUUCUGCGUUUUUACAUUGGUGUGGCUGAUACAGUUCCUUUUGGGACGCUGAGAAAGAGACAGCAGAAGACGGAACAGAAGCCAAAGGCGCUCUCCAGUAUGCGCUUUGCGAGUGCUUACAGUCGGCGAGGUGUCCUUUGCAUCGCCACCCGGAUUUUACCGUCGUGAUGUUCAAUAGCUCGGACGUCGAUCCCACUUUAAGCCACCGAGAGCAUCUUGUGGAGGUCAGCAAUGGCACUAUACACAAUUUGCAAGGUCCCACGGCCAUGUGGAAUGAAUCAUGCGGGGAACAACUGCACGACUUCCGAACGGCGGAGAAAAUUAUCAUCGGAGUGAUGCUGGCCAUUAUAACAGCGAUUACAGUGAUGGGAAACACUUUAGUGGUGAUCGCCGUCUCUGUUGUAAAGAAACUCAGGCAGCCUUCAAACUACCUGCUGGUGUCUCUGGCCGUGGCAGACCUGUCGGUAGCGCUCGUAGUCAUGCCCUUUGUGAUAGUGACAGACCUUACCGGAGGCAAGUGGCUCUUUGGGGAGGUUUUCUGUAACAUCUUCAUUGGGAUGGAUGUAAUGUGCUGCACAGCCUCCAUAAUGACCCUUUGUGUGAUCAGCGUAGACAGAUACCUGGGCAUCACACGACCCCUCACCUACCCAGCCCGUCAAAACGGCCAGCUGAUGGCCAAGAUGAUCCUGGGGGUGUGGCUGGUCUCUGCGUCCAUCACCUUACCACCCUUCUGCGGUUGGGCCAAGAAUGUCCAUACGGGUGGGAUGUGCCUGAUCAGUCAGGACUUCAGCUACACCAUCUACUCCACUGCGGUGGCAUUCUACAUCCCCAUGGCCGUCAUGCUCAUAAUGUACUACAAGAUCUUUCGGGCCGCACGUAAAAGCUGUGCCAAGCACCGCUUCACGGACUUCUCCCAGGCCCGAGAGCGCCACGAGGCGGUGGCCAACGAGGCCUUGAAGAUGCACUGUAUGAAGCCACCUGGUGUGGCAGAGGAGUGUGCUGCCCUGUCCCGCUUUCUGACCCAUGAACCCCGCAACAUCUCCAUCUUCAAGCGAGAACAGAAGGCAGCCACCACGCUGGGUGUCAUCGUGGGCGUCUUCUCCAUCUGCUGGUUGCCCUUCUUCGUCCUGACCACCGCCCGACCAUUUGUCUGCGGGGUAGAGUGUAGCUGCGUGCCUUUCUGGCUCGAACGGACCCUACUGUGGCUGGGUUAUGCCAACUCCUUAAUGAACCCCUUCAUCUAUGCCUUCUUCAACCGUGACCUGCGCUCCACCUACAAGGAUCUCCUGCGCUGUCGUUACCGUAACAUCAACCGGCGCCUCUCUGCUGUCGGGGUGCACGAGGCUCUCCGGGUGUAGAAGGACUUUAUGGGAAGGAGAGAACUGUUUCACCACAGGAGAUACCCAUGGAUACUGACAAAAACUGGAAAUCACGGCAGAUCCAAGAGUCAUGCUAGCAGGAUUUCAUUAUAUAAUGAAAUAAGCUCCUUUCGUGAGACACACAACAUAAAUAUGUAUUACAGUAUGUUCCUGAUUUUCAUCAGGGGUGAGAAUCGAUUCUAAUAGUGGAAGUGGGAGAUUUAGGACAGGGCCAUGUGGCCUGACGCUUAAAACCUGCUGUGAGUGCUGGAAGAUGUUCCUCAAAAUUAUGUUAAUUACGGGAAUUAUGGCAGCUGCUUAUUAAUUAUAAACCUAGAGUGUGGGGCAGUGGACUGAGGCCAGAAUCUAACAAUACUGCACAUGUACAGGUAAACAAAUGAAUAUAUUUAGGUUGUAUGAAGCCCCACAGCUAGAUUGAACAUUAUUUAUUUUUUUCUCCCAUAUUGCCUUCCUGUGUCAUACUUAAGCAGAUUUAAGCUGCUUGACAGCACUAAAAUAUCCAUAAUAAAUCUCAUAUCAACAUGACAUGUUGUAGAGUAUAUAAUAUGGUAACUGUUUUUUUUUAUAUUUUGAAUGAGCUCAAAACACAACCACAACAUAAAUAAAAUACCAACACAAUUAUACCUAGAAUAUAUGUGAUUUCAGGUUUAUGGAAAAUUAUAUUAGAGACAUUAGAGAUUACGAGGAUUGCUGAAUAGAUACCACUUUUAGCUAAAGUCCAUGAAAGCAUACAUAUAUAGCAUCUAUCAUGUCAUUAGCGUGCCAAUGGCUUUUAAUGAUGUUAGCAGACAUCUUGUCUGAAUUGUGUCCUGUUCUGUGGAGUCUGCAUGAAUACCACAUAAAUCCAGCACACUGCUUUCAUAGUGAAACGAAAAUUGUUUGGCACUGAUACACUCACACUCCGUAUGCCUCAUUAGUUAUAAGGCAACAUUACACACACCAUAUGACCUGCUUAGUACCAUUUUUACGAGAAGCACAACGUCGAACAAUGAAGGUGGCUUGAUACUUUGUGUCUUUCUGGUAUGUAAUCAUUUAAGGGUACAUUUUACAGGGCCACCAUAUUUCUGAUGAUUAGUUUUAUCGGGGCUGUUGGCAAGAGACACUGUCCUCAUCGCAGUUCUUAAUGCUGUCAUUUUGGGGCUGUGGUAGGUCUUUUAUUAACAUUUUGAUGGUGUCUGAAGGUGCCAAAUUGUGGAGUACACCUUAUGCUAGACUACCAUUAGUGUGGAAACUGAGAUGAGCUUAUAAUGCAUCAAGUUGUUUAGCAACCAAUCCCAGAAAUUGUGGUCAGUGUCGGACAACUCCAAUCCAAAAGUGCUGCACUUCUACAAUUUAUUUGCAGUUUGGACCGAAUUAAAUCCUGAGCACAAAUAUAUCCGUUGAUGAAUUCAACACAAAGCAAUUAGAAGGUGGGUGAAAAGCCUGUAGUCCUCAAGGACAGGAGUUGCCUUGACUUUGAUCAUUUAAAAGCAGGGUUUCUUAAUCCUGACCAUUUCUGCAACCUACAGCAUGUAAUGGUUUCUGUUCCAGAUGGGCUCUUAAAUCAAUUGGUCUUGAUUGAAUUGUUGAUUAAGUAAAUGGUACAGUCCUAAUUCCAUAAGAGUAGGGCAUGGCUGAGCGCUCAUGAAAUUUCAUUAAUUGUCUAAAUACUGCUUGACCAACUUAGAUUCAAUUCAGUUCUAAUUCAGUGUUUCUGUGUUACACAAAUUAUUAAAUUAAUAAUUUAAUAGUAUUUAAAGCACAUUCACACACCAGCAGAUUUUUUCUAUUUUUUGUAAUAAAGUCUUCAAUGGAAUAAAACUAAUGAGCACAGUUGGAUAUUGUUCUUAAAAAAUUUGAAACUUAAACCUUCAACUUAAAUCUUUUUUUUUCCCCACACACUUUUGACGUUGGAAUAGCACACAACUAGGUUUAUUCAAAUUGUUAAUCACGUUUUAUUAAAGCAACAGCUCAGUCAAGGAAUUUAAUAAAGUACUCAUCUGGGCCAAAAACCAGUUUAUGCAAUGGGUCAUUCAAACCAGGUAACGUAUCCUGUUUAAAGUACCUAUUUUCAGGUCAUUGUUUUAACAUAAAAGAACGUCAAAUGACAUUAAAGUCUUGCAACCGUUUGAUCACGUCCAUUCUUUAAAUGACUGCACCGUUGGUUGCUGUGAAAUUGUAAGUACAGAUUAUCUUGCCCGUUUAUGCUAGAGCUGCCAUCCAUUGACUUGAGGAACUG